AGCGCCGUUCAGUGACUAAGUUUCAGUCACGUUUGUCGUUUGUCGUAACACUUGUGGUUUAUGUAUAAUAAUUUGAUCGUUCUACAAUAUUGCGUUUUAUUGUGAUUUAGUGUUAUUAAUAAUAAAUAAUUCUAUUAUAUUUUGUGCAAAAUUCGUUAUAUGGAUGUGUAAAAAAGUGUUUAAUUUUUUAUUUUAAUAUAAAAUCUAUAUUGUAAAAGGAUAAUUUUUCUGAAUACUGAUCGACAAAUUGGCGGGAUAUUAUUCUUUGUUCUACAAUCUUAAAUCUUGAAAAAGAUACAUGGAAAUAGGUUAGUCUCAUUGAACAUCAUGCAAUAAAUGAAAGGAAUGAUCGUCUUCAGGAAAAUACAUGAUUUUGAAGUCAACCAGAUAAAAAAUAUCUAUUACGGUUAUUUCGCAUUUCGAAUUUAUGAAAGAAUGACAUAAUAUUAAUAAACAAUUUAUUUAAUUUAUCUUAAUUAACAGUGAUGUUAUAUAUUCUGAGAUAUUAUUUAAAUUAACUAAACUAAAAUAUUAUCAGUUACCGAUUAAAAAUAUUAUUAAUAGCAAUCAAUUUUAUAUAUAAAUACUGUUUCUAAUUUAAAAAACUUAAAAUAUCGAUCUGGCGCUCCCAUAUAACUGAUCAAUAUAAUACAUAACUGAUCAAUACAUAAGCAAUAAAAUGUCUCUCUUCCGGAAAUUUAAUGAACGAAUACCAAGAAGAGCAAUUUUAGGUGCCAUGAUGUUCUUAGCGUGUAUGUUUUCAUAUAUGAUUCGCACUAAUUUGUCAAUUAUAAUCGUUGCUAUGGUAAAUACAACUAGUAAAAGUGGAGGAAAUGGUCCAGCAUGUUCUGCUACUAUUAUCAGUAAUACUACGAAUAAAACUAUUGAACUUAAAGAUUAUGGCGAACGAUUUGAAUGGAAUCAACAUAUACAAGGUUUUUUACUUUCUGGUUAUUUUUAUGGAGUUCUUCCAGCAAGUAUACCUGCUGGUCUUUUAGCAGAAAAGUAUGGAGGUUCUAGAGUAGUAGCAUUUGCAACACUAAUACCUGCAGUAUUAAAUCUUUUGAUGCCUUGGGUUUCUGAUAUUCAUUAUGGUUUAGUAUUUGUUCUUCGUUUUUUGAUGGGCUUUUUUGGAGCAGCUAUUUAUCCUGCUCUUCAUGCAAUGAUUGCCAGAUGGGUUCCUCCUAGUGAGAAAGGUAUAUUUGUAUGGACAAUGCAAGGUGGUCCUUUUGGAACUGUAGUAACAUUUACAUUAUGUGGUCAAAUAAUCAGUGCUUUUGGUUGGAAAGCUGCAUAUUAUGUUACAAGUGGACUUAUAUUGAUUUUUUAUGCUUUAUGGGUAUUUCUUAUAUAUGAUACACCUGAUCUUCAUCCAGGAAUCACAGAAAAUGAAAAAGUUUUUAUUAAAGAACAAAUAGGUACGAGUGUUUCUAAACAGAAAGUGAAACUACCAGUCAAAGCUGUUGCUACAUCAAUACCAUUUUUAGUUUUGCUAUGGGCUCAUUUUGCAAAUAUGUGGGGUAUAUAUUUCAUUGCUACUAAUGGACCAAAAUAUACUUUAGAAGUUCUUGGUUUUGAUAUGAAAUCGGGAGGAUCGAUUACAGGAUUACCUUACAUAGCAAGACUUGGUGCUGGAGUAUUAUUUGCUGCAGCUGGUGAUUAUGUUCGAAAAAAAAAAAUUCUUACUUUAGGAUGGAUUAGAAAGAUAUUUAUGCUUUUUUCACAUAUGGGUCCAGCAUUAGCUUUGAUUGUAAUGACAUAUGUUGGUUGUGAUGCAAUAACUGCAAUUGUUAUGCUAAUAGUAGCACUAAGUUUUAAUGGAGCUGCAUGUCAAACUAAUUUACAAAAUCAUCAAGAUCUUGCACCCAAUUAUGCUGGCUCUUUAUAUGGAAUCAUGAAUACUUUUGGUAGUUUUCCUGGAUUUAUUAUUCCAGCAAUUAUUGGUGCUUUGACAAAUGAAAGAAAUGGAGUAGAAGAAUGGCGUGUUAUGUUCUGGAUCUCAACAGCAGUAUUUAUAUCUGCAACAAUACUCUUCUGGUUCUUUGGAUCAGCAGAAAUUCAAUCAUGGAAUAAUUUAAAUCAACAAAAAAUAUCGACAUUUUCUGAGGAAGAAACCACACAAAUGACUGCAGUGGCCAUUAAAGAAUUACAGUCAGAAGAAGAAGAUGACGAAUAUAAAGCAGCAAAUGUUAAUUAAAAAAUUGCAUUUAUAUAACUUAACAUUAAAUUUUCUAUACUAUUUGUAUUAACGCAUUUAAUCUUAUAAUAUGAAAAUUUUCAAAUCAUUUUAUAAAUGAUAUGAAUAUUAUUUUUUUUAAAAAAAAUAUAAGAAACAAUUAUUAGUCAUCAAUAUAUUUUUGUUUUUUAUCUGUAAAUUUUUCAAUCAAUAUUUUUAAUUGUUAACAUUUUUUAAAAUACUCGUUUUAUUUAGCAAUGACCUCAAAUUAAAAAUACUUAUUAUAAGUAUUAGAUAUUUAUAACUAGAUACUUAUAAGUCUUAAAAAUAAUAUAUAAUUUAAUGUAUCAACACUCUGUGUGUAUUUUCGUUAAUUAUGUGCAAGUUUUUACUUAUAAAUUAUAUAAAAAUAAAAUAAUAUUAAGUUAUUUUUUAUGAUUUAAAUAAUUAAGAAUUUCAAUUUAAAAGUACAUAUUUAUAUUAAAACCAUUUCAUGUAUCACAUGUAUUAUGAAUAUAUUGAUAAAAGCACAAAUACGUACUUUUAUAAAAAUAAAUCAAAUAAAAUUUAUGAUGAAAAUGUCAAUAAGAAGAAAUGUAUGAACUUUAUAUGGAUAUGACAUGAGCAAUAGUAUAUAUAUUUUUAUAAUGUUUUAUUUACAUAAGCUUUAUAAACUACAAUAUGAGAGAAAUUUCAUAAAUAUAUUUUUAUACAUGUUUCAUUGUAAUUAAUUUAAGAAUUAUGUACGAAAUAUAAUUAUGUAUGUAUAUAAUUUAUAUAAUUAUUUUUAUGCGAGGCGUAUAUAAUAAAUGAAUGUAAUAUCACGAAUGUAUUAUAUAAUAUGAAUGUUUAUGUUUACGACACAUAGAUAGCUUGGCUGAGAAUACUUAAACAGUGUAUAUGCAUUUAUUUCUGUCAAAUAAAUAUCUUAAGAAUGUAUUAAUUAUUGUAACGUAUACAUUUAAUUAUAAUUACAAAUAUAUGUAAAAUAAUAUUUUAAUUUGUAUAUUAAUUGCAAAUAGAAGAAUCUUUAGAAAGAUG